UUUCCUGGCUGUAAUUAAAUUUUCACAGUUACCAUGGCAGCAAAAAUUUCGUUAACUCUACCAAGUGGUCAGAAAAUGCCAGCACUUGGACUAGGAACGUGGGAAGCAACAAAUGACAACGAAAUUGAAACAGCUCUUAAUACUGCUCUCCAACUUGGUUAUCGUCAUAUAGACACAGCUGCCGCUUAUGAAAACGAAAACGCUAUUGGACGAGUACUAAAGCAAUGGAUAUCUUCUGGAAAACUCAAAAGAGAAGAUUUGUUUAUUACCACAAAACUGCCGACGGUUGGAGUCCAUCCAGAUCGCGUAGAAAUAUUUAUCAAAAAAUCACUACAAAAUUUACAACUAAAUUAUGUCGAUUUGUACUUGAUCCAUUUUCCUGUUGGUUGCAAAUUUAAGGAAGGAAGCGUGCAUCCUUAUGCUAACGAAAAUGGUGAAACUGUCUUUGAACCGCAAACGGACCAUGUAGCUAUCUGGAAGAAAAUGGAAGAACAAGUAGACGCUGGACGUGCCAAAAACAUUGGUUUGUCAAAUUACAACAUCACCCAAAUCAGCACAGUUCUCAAAUCCGCAAGGAUCAAACCAGCCAAUUUACAAGUGGAACUUCAUGCAUAUCUACAACAACGUGAACUCGUAGAUUUUUGCAAGAAAAACGGAAUUGCAGUUGUCGCCUAUUGCCCUGUAGCUAACCCUGGUUACAACAAAUUUUUAGUGCGGCUAGGACAACAACCCAUACAACUUCCCAACCUCUUGGGUGAUCCAGAAGUCGCCAAAAUUGCACAAAAACACUCAAAGUCUCCAGCGCAGAUCGCUUUGAGGUUUCUUGUGCAAAUAGGUGUAGCACCAAUUCCAAAAAGUGUUACACCAAAACGAAUUGAAUAAAAUGUCAACAUUUUUGAUUUUAAUUUGGACGAAAGUGACAUGAAGGUUUUAGAUGGACUGGAUAGGGGAGAAGCAGGACGGCUUGUCGGGUUUGAUGUACUCAAAGGGGUUCACAAACAUCCAGACUAUCCGUUUUCAAGAGAGGGAGGUAGCACAGGCGAUAACGAUACCAAAAAAUGAUAGUAAAUCAUAUCGAA